AUGUACAACAGUUCUGUUGUGCAAUUGCUAUAUGGAAUUGCAGAGGACUUGACUCCAGAAGAUGUCAAGAGUGUGAAGUUCCUGCUCCAAAAACAAAUACCAAAGAACAAGCUCCAGGAUAAUGCUUCAAUGUUGACGGUCUUACUGGAAAUGGAAAGAAAUGGGAUAAUUAAAGAAGAUGACCUGGCAAUGCUGAAAGAUAUAUUAAAGGGAUUUAGAGCUGACGCAGUUGUAUUCAAAGAAGUGUUUUGUUGCUUUGAGGAGAUCUUCCAUUAUGCUGAAAACGAUUCUAAGGAAAAACUCCACUAUCCAGUGUCUGCGUCUGUGCAUCCAGCAGGACAAGGAGCAGAGGCGGAGACACCACACCUGCUUGUGGAAUCAUAUAAGAUGAAAAAUAACCCCCAUGGUUACUGUGUGAUUCUUAACAACUACAUUUUUAAAAAUCCACAUGAAGCCAGAGAAGGAACAAUGGAAGAUGGAGAGGCUGUGAAGAGGGUCUUUAAGUGGCUUCAGUUUGAGACAGUUGAGCACAUGGAUCUAGAAGCAAAGCAAAUGUAUGCGAAAGUUAAAGAAUACAGCAAAAAAGAUCAUAGUAACAUGGACUGUUUCGUUUGCUUCAUUUUUUCCCAUGGUGAAAAAGACAAAAUAAAAGGCGUUGAUCAUGAGUUUGUAAAUAUUAAAGAUUUACUCUCCUGCUUCAGUGGAUCUAAUUGUCCUUCUCUUGUUGGCAAACCCAAGCUGUUUUUCAUCCAGGCUUGCCAAGGCUCUCUAGGUCAUCCACCUGUCACAGUAGAAGACGACUUUUCUGGCCAUCUUGAGACGGAUGCUACCCCUUUGACUUCCAUUCCUGAUCAGGCUGAUAUUCUGGUUGGCAUGGCUACAGUGGAAGACUAUGAGUGCUACCGCUGUACAAAGACUGGCAGUGUUUACAUUCAAUGCCUCUGUGACAAGAUGAAGGUGCUUUGCCCACUCCGCAAGGAUCUCAUAACCAUCCUGACAGAAGUGAACAAGGAAGUGGGAGGAAGAGUAUUAAAUGGAUGGAAGCAGAUGCCAAAGAUAACAUCAACCCUACGGAAGCAAUUGAUCUUCCAAAUUCCUCAAUGUCUGUCAACUGAAAAGUAGAAAAAUAAGAAUACACUCAGUGAAGAAUCACAUCUGGAAUGGGCUUCCACAGGGAAGAGAAUUUGCAAGAGAAAUUAUCUGGAUCUGUGUAGUUAGUCCCAGUCCUUAAAGGGGCCAUGGGACCUAAAUUUUGCAAUUCCCAUGAUUAAUCAGUCUCCUGGCACCUGGAUCUGUAGCAGUCUGAGCCCUUAGGGAACAGCCUGUUUUGAAUGGCUGUCAACCGCUGGAAGGAAGGUCCCGCACCAUUAGAUCCACUACUCUGAGAUGCCUUUUCCUCCUGGCAACUGGCUCUAGCUCCUGUGGACUCUUGUUUCUGUUGUAAUAAAUACCCUUGGUUUUCAACAU